GUCGUCCAUUUCUUGGUUUGAAAAUGGGUGAGAGAGAUGGAGGCGUCUAGUUUUGAAAUUAGAGUCACAGGGAACAGAGGGCGUUGUUGAAUGCUGAUGUUGCGUUCACAGGUGACUCUUAUUACUUAGCUCGCAAGUUGAUGUGGACUUUUGGGUCGUGGUUUUAGACCGCUAAAGUUUCUCUCGUUGUCGUAGUUUAUCCAUCUUGGGAUCCGAUUGUUUAGGUGUUCAUUUCCCGUUACUAUUAAUUGCCAGCAAAGUAGGGUUCUUUUGGUAGCUGGACUGAUAUUGGGAUGUGGGUUUGAGCCCCUUUCGUUCUGUGUCUCUCUCUGAGGGGGUAAUAUUUCUUCAACAAUUUUAGGAUUUUGGGUCUUAAUUGUUGGUGUGAGAGGACUUCACCUGAGAUCUCAGCCAAUCUUCUUGCUGCCAGUGACCGGUGCUUCCUGCCCCUUAUUUUCUCUAUUUAAUGGUGGGAGUUGCUGAGCUCAAUUCAAUUGCAGUUGUUGCUUCAUUUUCAAGUUGCGAGUUGAGUUUUGCUGAGGGAGGUCUUUUGGGAUGUGGGCAUUAAUGGUGGUACUGGGGCUUACUCCAAUGACUUUCCUCAAAUGGGUUUUACUGGUUUGCCUUCUUUAUUCAUCAUCGGGUCUCCAAGCCUCUGGCCAAUCCUGCAAUCCAAAUGACUUGUUAGGACUAAAAGAAUUUGCUAGAAAUCUCACAGAUGGGUCCAUCAUCGCAGCUUGGUCUGAUGAAUCUAGUUGCUGCAAAUGGGAUGGCGUUUUCUGUGAGAAUGAGACUGGUGGUUCAAAUUCUAGUAGGGUAACCAUGUUGAUUCUGCACAAAAAAGGUCUCAAAGGGACAAUUUCAAGCUCUUUAGGCCGUUUAAAUCAGCUGAAGUGGCUCAAUCUUUCAUACAAUUGUCUUGAAGGCAGACUGCCAGUAGAGCUCUCAAAUUUAAAGCAGUUGGAGGUUCUUGAUUUGAGCCAUAAUAAGCUAUCAGGACCAGUUUCUGAAUCACUUUCUGGUUUAGUGUCCAUUCAGUCACUGAAUAUUUCAAGCAAUUCAUUCAGUGGUAAUUUUUCUGAGCUUGUGGGGUUUCCAAAUGUUUCUGUGUUCAACAUAAGCAACAAUUCAUUCACUGGUCAAUUCAGUCCAGGGAUCUGCAGUUACUCCAAAGUAAUCCGGAUAGUUGAUUUGUCAAUGAACCAUUUACUGGGCACCCUUGAAGGCCUGGACAAUUGUAGUACAGCUCUCCAAGAGUUGCAUUUGGGUUUCAAUUCACUUUCUGGCUAUCUUCCAGAUUAUUUGUACUCAAUGUCAUCUUUAGAGCGACUGUCAAUCCCUGGAAACCUUUUCUCAGGCCAAUUAAGCAAGAAUUUGGGUAAGCUUUCUAAUCUUAAAUCCUUGUAUAUUUCUGGCAACCAACUUUCUGGUGAAAUUCCUAAUGUCUUUGGGAACCUUACACUUUUAGAGCAGUUAGUUGCGCACUCAAAUUCAUUUUUUGGGCUAUUGCCUUCGUCCCUUGCACUCUGUCCAAAGCUUUCCAUGCUUGAUCUUGGAAACAAUUCUUUACGUGGUCAUAUUAAUCUCAAUUUCACUGGGAUGCCUAGUCUCAGCACACUUGAUCUUGCCACUAAUCAUUUUAUGGGACAACUCCCCAACUCUCUUUCUGAUUGUAAAGAAUUGAAAACUGUGAACCUAGCUAAGAACAAGCUUUCUGGUCCAUUCCCUGAGAGUUUUUGCAAACUCACAUCCCUUUCAUUCCUAUCAUUGUCAAACAAUAGCUUUGUGGACUUAUCUAGUUCACUAUCUGUGCUGCAGCAGUGUAAAAACCUCACCACCCUUAUCCUGACAAAGAACUUCCAUGGUGAGGAAAUUCCUCAAAAUGUGAGUGGUUUUGAGAAUUUAAUGGUUUUAGCAUUUGGAAAUUGUGGUCUGAGAGGCAAAAUCCCAGACUGGUUGUUGAAUUGUAGGAAGAUAGGGAUUCUAGACUUGUCGUGGAAUCAUUUGAAUGGCAGUAUCCCAUCUUGGAUUGGUCAGAUGGACAACUUGUUUUACUUGGACCUCUCAAAUAACUCCCUCACUGGCAAAAUUCCAAAAGGUUUGAUGGAACUGAAGAGCCUCGUUUCCUCAAACAGCAGUUUGCCCACCCUUCCAGAUUCUGUGGGGAUUCCUCUCUAUGUAAAGCGAAACCGGAGUGUUAAUGGUCUUCCAUAUAGCAAGGCUUCAAGUUUCCCACCAUCAGUACUUCUGAGCAAUAACAGAUUAAGUGGGACAAUCUUGUCUGAAAUUGGACAGUUGAAGCAGCUCCAUGUCUUAGAUUUAAGCAGGAAUAACAUUACUGGGUUCAUUCCUGACUCCAUUUCAAAGAUGGCAAACUUGGAAGCUCUAGAUUUAUCAUUCAAUGACCUGUAUGGAUCAAUUCCCCAGUCAUUUGACAAGCUCACAUUCCUGUCAAAGUUUAGUGUGGCUUAUAAUCACUUGCAGGGUGAAAUUCCUACUGGUGGACAGUUUUAUAGCUUCCCGAGCUCGAGCUUUGAAGGCAACCCAGGACUUUGUGGGAAAAUAGUUGCUCCUUGUCAUGUUGUUGAUAACCCAGCUAUUCAAUCUGGUUCAAAGAGUAAAUUUGGUCGAAGCAGCAUCCUUGGUGUGACAAUCAGCAUAGCUGUUGGGAUUCUAUUGCUGCUUGCAAUCGUUCUGCUUAGAAUCUCAAGGAGUGAUGCAGGGGAUCCAGUCAAUGAUUUGGAUGAGGAAUACAGCAGGCCACGACGGUUAUCUGAAGCUCUUUGCUCAUCAAAAUUGGUUCUCUUUCAGAGUUCAAAUUGUAAGGAGCUUACAGCUGCAGACCUGUUGAUGUCUACAAAUAAUUUCAACCAAGCAAACAUAAUUGGCUGUGGUGGGUUUGGACUGGUUUACAAAGCAUACCUUCCAGAUGGUACCAAAGCUGCAGUCAAGAGGCUUUCUGGGGAUUGUGGUCAGAUGGAACGAGAGUUUAGAGCUGAAGUGGAAGCCCUUUCAAGAGCUCAGCACAAAAAUCUUGUUUCUCUUCAAGGUUACUGUAAGUAUGGUAAUGAUAGAUUAUUAAUUUACUCAUAUAUGGAGAAUGGAAGCUUAGACUACUGGCUACAUGAGAGUAUUGAUGGUUCUUCAGUUCUUAAAUGGGAUGCAAGACUCAACAUUGCUCAAGGAGCAGCUCAUGGGUUAGCUUACUUGCACAAAGUUUGUCAGCCAAACAUUGUCCAUCGAGAUGUAAAAUCUAGCAACAUACUUUUGGAUGACAAAUUUGAAGCUCAUUUGGCUGAUUUUGGGCUUUCAAGGCUACUUCAGCCUUAUGACACUCAUGUCACAACGGACUUGGUUGGGACAUUGGGUUAUAUUCCACCAGAGUACAGUCAGACGCUAACGGCAACCUGCAGAGGUGAUGUUUACAGCUUUGGUGUUGUUCUACUUGAGCUUCUUACCGCUAGAAGGCCUGUGGAAGUAUGCAAAGGAAAGAAUUGCAGGGAUUUAGUGUCUUGGGUGUUUCAGAUGAAGUCUGAAAAAAGGGAAGUGGAGAUUAUAGACUCAUCAAUCUGGGACAAGGAUCGUGAGAAGCAGCUCCUACAGAUGCUUGAAAUUGCCUGUAAAUGCUUAGAUCAGGAUCCAAGGCAGAGACCCUUAAUUGAAGACGUUGCUUCGUGGCUUGAUGGUAUUGGAAGUGAGGUUCAGCGAUGAACUUCCAUUACCAUGUUUACUUUUGGAAAUCUCAGGUGGGGGGGAGUAUACAUGUAAAGCAAACACCAUUUGAGUUUCUUUAAAGUUGUAGGGAGUCCCAACUCCUGACCAAGUGAUUCAGUUUCAUUACACAGAAACCAUCAUUUGGUGCUGUACACUAGCAGAUAAGUUUUUGUACACAUGAACUAUCUUGGGCAUUUAUUUUCCUUAAAUAAGCAUAAUUUUCCAUAUGAAUAGUUGAAAUGAAGCCUCAAAAUGCUCUGUAACGAGGAAUCAUUGUUGUUGC